AUGAUUUUACAGCUGCAACGGUGUGAUGAGAUUAUUGUGACUGGAGCUGGUUCUGGUAGCAGCACACUGAGACUCUGUGGAUAUCUUCCACCAGUGCAUAUACAUACUAGAGUUCCAAGCUCAAAAUGGGAUGAAUUGGCAUGGUUAUGGAGUGGGGAAGUUCUGCAAUAUGUUCAUCAACUGAAGACAAUAAAUAACAAAGCUGUCAAAAAGAAAGAUGCAAAGUUUAUUCAUACCUCAACAGAAAAUCAGGCUGUAAAUGAUGUAUAUGCAGCACUUCUAAAGGGAGAACCGAUCACAAAACAUAUAAUAUUGAAUGCCAUGAAUGUUGGCAGUGAUGAUAGUUCAUCUGAAUAUCUUGACUGA